AUGUCCUUUGACAUUUACAUGAAUUUUAUGUCUCAUUUUCCAGAGAAUCAGCAGAGUGAAACUGAAGAAUUACGGAUUGAAAUUGAAUUUGACUAUGAUGUUCUUGACUGGAGGAAAGCUGCAUUAUAUGCUGAUUGGAGGAAAGAAGAGUUCCAGAACGUGACGGUGACACUGGAUGUGGACACUGCCCAUCCUGCGCUCUCACUGUCUCAAGAGAGAAGAUGUGUAACCUGGCAAGAAGAGGAUCAAACCUUGCCUGACAUCCCACAGAGAUUCAGUUCUCUUCCUUGUGUGCUGGGCGAGCUGCAAAUCACCUCUGGGAGAUAUUUCUGGGAGGUAGACAUUACAAACACGGUUUCCUAUGAUCUGGGGAUUUGUAGGGAUAAUGUAACAAGGAAGGAGAGAGUCACAAUGUCCCCACAGAAUGGUUUCUGGGGCAUUAGGCUUUACAACAAGGAAUACUGGGCUCUCACUUCCCCAGAAACUCUUCUUACUCUAAGAGAGCAACCCCUUAGAGUGGGGAUUUUCCUGGAUUAUGAUGAUGGAGAUGUGUCAUUCUUCAAUAUGACUGAUGGAUCUCAUAUUUUCUCCUUUCCCCAGCAUACAUUCCAAGGUAUCUUAAGACCUCUUUUCAGGCUUUGGGACUCUGACUCGGGUUCAUUGACUAUUGUGCACUGA